AGCCGUCAUACAUGGCCGUCAUUUCCGUUUUUGGCUUAAACGAAGAAGCACGUGUGUGGACGUCUAGGAAUACUUGAACAUGGAAAACGAGCAAGAGGAAACGAGUGUCGGCGACGAUCAGUUGAACGGCGACACCGCUACUGAGGUUAAUGACGACGCGCCGACCGUUGACGCCACGGAUGAAAAAACGGAACAACAGACAAAAGCAAACGGAAAAGACACGGAAGAAGAGGAGCCUUCUGAGGAUCUUUUGACGAAGAUUAAGGCACAAGUAGAGUACUACUUUGGCAAUGUAAAUAUGCAGAGGGACAAAUUUCUCAUUGAGCAAACAAAACUGGACGAAGGCUGGAUUCCAAUGACCGUCAUGUUAAACUUCAAAAUGCUGGCUUCUCUCAGCAAAAAUGUCGACGUAAUUCUGAAGGCUUUGGAAACUAGCGAUCUCAUUGAGAUGUCUGAGGACAAGAAAAAGAUACGUCGCUCGCUGAAGCAUCCUCUACCGGAAUUUAAUGAAGGAUAUAGGAAGGCUCAGGAGGCUCGAACGGUUUAUGUCAAAGGCUUUCCGUUGACUGACACAACUAUUGACAAACUGAAAGCUUUUUUCGAACCGUAUAAGCCAUUUGAAACGAUUGUGAUGAGAAAAUAUCAAGAUAAAGAUAAGGUUUUUAAAUUCAAAGGAUCUGUUUUUGUACAAUUUGAGACUGUUGAUGUCGCCGAUGCAUUUAUGAAAGCAGAAUCGGUAAAAUAUGAAGAUACUGAAUUGCUAAGGAAAUGGGCUGCGGAUUAUAAUGCAGGAAAGGCACAAGAAAAAGAGGAACGUAGAAAAAAGAAAGCAGAUAAGACGAAGAAAACUACAGAGCAAAAAGAGACUGAGGGUGAUGAAGAACAACCUGCAGCGACAGAUAAUAAAUUGCCAAAAGGUUCAAUUAUUUUCUUUUCUGGCGUUUCUAAGACGUGUACAAGAGAAGAUAUUAAAGAAUGUUUAGACAAAUUUGAUGCUGAUAUUGCAUACAUCGAUUUCCAAAGGGGGCACACAGAAGGCUGGGUACGUCUGCAGGGAGAAAAUGCUGCGAAACCUGUGUUAGACAAGACAGACGAAGGCAAGGUAGUAAUCCAGGACAUUAAAGUUACCUGCAAAAUCCUCGAGGGUGAGGAAGAAGAUAAAUACCUUGCUAAAGUAAUGGAAGAGAUGGUAGCUUCGAAGAACAAAUAUAAUAAAGCCAAGCGAGCCGGUAAGAAAGGACGUGCGCGAGGUGCGAAGAAGAGAGGUAGCAGUCCUUCGCGUGACGCAGUUCUGGCUAAGAAGAAAGCUGUCGAGUAAGAUCGAUUCAUUCUGAAAACUUCAAAGUUACAUAUGUAUAUUACACUGUAUUUUCAAUGUAUUGACUAGUUAUAUAUAGAAAAGGAACACUAAAUUAUGCCUGGCAUAAUUUAUUACACGAGAAACUCAUCUGGUUUAAACUUUUUGUUACUUUUCCUUUUGAUGUAUAUUGUUUUAGAUACCUUGAGAAUAUAGCCUCGUCUAUAUUUGGUUAAA